AAUGUGUUGUGUUUGGGAAAAGUUAAAACACUACUUGUUUGUUCAUGGCCAAAGCUCAAGAGCCACAAUUUUGAGAGGAAGGAUUAAGCAUUAUUCGACUGUUUUAGAAUCCAUCAAAGUAAAAGCACAUAACUAGUUGUGUAAAGCUUUGAAUUGCACUUUGAGAAAUACUAUGCGUAAAAACCUUUUUCAAACUCUCCCACACAAUUUUGUACCAUAAGGAUUUUACUCGCAUAGCAAAUGUCUGCCUACAUGUAUCCAGAUAACCAUACACAUAACAGUGGGACAACAACAGUCACCCGCUUGCACAAUAUAAUUCUUCAUACUCGGCCUUGCCCCAAGCUACGUGUGUCUGGUUAUACUAUUUUCCCACGACUUCUGGGUCGGCAGGUGUUUUCAGAAGAACGAACAAGGAUGAUUGAAGACUGUGAUGAAGUUUACCCAGGCAUUUUUAUAGGAGAUGAAAGAGCUGCCAGGAACAAAGCUUAUCUUCAACAAAUGGGCAUCACUCAUAUUGUGAACACAGCAGAAGGUUGUGGUUUUGGUCAGGUCAAUACUGGAAGAAGUUAUUACUAUGGCACUAACAUUCAGUAUUUGGGUAUGAAUGUACUGGAUAAUCCACAGGCUCGUAUUUGUGAUCAUUUUGAUGAAGCAGCAAAUUUCAUUGAUUCUGCUUUGAGAAGUGGAGGAAAAGUAUUGAUUCACUGUCUCAUGGGCGUAUCACGAUCGUCAACUGUAGCCAUUGCCUACCUCGUGAUAAAAAAGGGAAUGACGGCUGAAGAUUCAUUACGUACGUUACGAAAUAAUAGAGCUGUAAGGCCUAAUACAGGAUUUCUACGGCAGUUGGCUGAAUUGGAUAUUAAGUUAAAUUCUAAAAAAUAAAAUUUGUGAAAAAGUUCUUUUUGUUGUAUGUAGUGAUCAUAUUACAAUCAGUAUAAUGAAGGGAAAAAAAACAGCUGCAGGUGAGUUGUUGUAAAAAUACUUUUUUGUUUGCUCUGCAGUUAAGGCUGCUUGUUUUAAAGUAAUGUACAUUUCAGUAUCAUUUUUAGGUCUAAAAAAUGUAGUGUUGAAUUCAUAACUCACAAAUGCUUAAUUUGUUUUUUUUAGCUAGAAUUUGAAGCAGGGUAGUUAUAGUUGUACUUAAUUACGUAUAGUGCUUCUGCUUUAGUUCUUGAGAUGGAUGACAUUUUAAACACAACUAAUGAUAUAUAGUAGGCAUCCGAUUAAUGUGAAUAUGUCACCAAAUUAAGAUGAGUCUUAUAUAUAUAAACUAAAAUGCCAUUUUUUUAUGUUUUGAAGAAUAUACAACUGAGUAUAAGCGAACCAAAUUAAGGGUUUUUGCAUGAAAAUAUUCAAAACUACAGAGCAAUGUUUAAUAAGCAAUGUGAAUAAAACUGCCUUAAAUGAUUAUAUCAAAAUAUGAAAGUGUAACUACAAGUUAUUUUUUAAUGUCUGUUAUGUGAAAUACUUGGGAAUAUUUUACUUCAACUUAAGAACAUCCAGGUAUUGGAAAAUCUCUUAAAUAUAGCACUGUGGAUAAAAAUGUAUCAUUUUCUUGUAGAUUAUGCUAAUUUAUACUCUUAAACCACACAUAGUAAACAUUGAGACAUAUUUACGGCAGGGCGUACAAUUAGCAGAAUUAUUAUUAUUUGUGUACAUCUUUCUUUGGUACAGUUCUGAAAUCUUUACCAUACUACAGUUGUAAUAGUAAUUAUAUUUAAUUUUUAGUCAUAGCUGAAAAACUUUUCUUAAGGUAAUUUCAAGUACUAAAAGUAACAAAUAAUCAACUAAACCAUUUUUAUAAAGAACAGUUUUUUUUUAAUGUAAAAUAAUCGUCUGAUUUUAAUGAUGAUAAUAUUAUCCCAAACUUUACUAUUUUAGUUUAAUUACGAAAAAUAAUUUGUGUGUUAAAUUGUAUCUGUGAUGAGUCAUUUUUUUAUAGAAAAAUAAAAAUGCAUUAAUGAUAAUUAUAUAUUGUUUAAAAACAUAAGUACAACGCAUGUGACAUCUAGUCAACUUAUUAUUUCAUUGCUGGUAUGUACCAUUAAAAUAAUCCACCAAUAUUUUCUUUAUUAUUAAAAUGAGAAGUAUUAGUAUUGUAUUUGUUCAAUGAAGGAUCGUAAAUCCCUGGUUUUUAACUAUACGUGUAAUUAUUAACAAGUUUUUCUAUUUAUGACACUUCUAUUUUUGCAUGCUUUAUGUAUUUUACAGUUCAAUGCAAAAGCUUGUGUAUUCCUUUCAGUAAAACAGUAUGUAAUUUUAUUUAUUUUAACAGUUUACGAGGCCAGUCACGUCAGAAGAAUGUAAAUUAACACAUGUUUUAUGGGUAGCACUAGUGAUGUUUCUGGAAUAUCUUAAGCAUUUAUGAAGAUACCUAUUAACUACACUAUGGUAACUAGCAGUAUAGAGUUACUAGGUAAUGCAUUCUUGUUUUUUAAAAGUCUUUGGGAAAUAGUGUUAAUAUAAAUUUUUUAUAAUGAUGUAAUAAUGCAUUUAUAAGUAGUGUUUUUUAUUAACAAAAACUUAUUUUGAAGUAAGAUAAGUUUUACAUACGUCAUAUAAUAGCUAGGAUAUCACAUUCCCCAAAACUAGUAAUCAUUGUUGGACAUCUCAGCUGGUUAACAUACUCUUUGUUAACUCUAAGGUAAGUUACCGUUUUUUACCCUACAUUAAAUUGAAAUUUUACCACUUCGUUUUAUUGGAUUUCAGAAAUAGUUGCAUCUGGAGAAAGCUAAGCCUUUUUUUUUUCCCAGUCAGAAUGCCCACCAUUAUUGAAAACACUUCAUAACUGAAUGAGAUAUUCCAGAAACAUUGUGAAUACACCAUGAGCACUUGUGCCACCAUGAGAAUAGGGUGAUAUUUUAAUAUUCAUCGAAACUUUUAAAAGUGUCAUCAGAACAUGGCACAGUUGAGAUGAUUCGAUAAGUAAUGGCAUUUGUAAAAACCUUUUACUAUUUUUAUCCACAGGAUGCAUUUAAAGCAAAAUAUUAACUUAAAGGCUAGUGUGUGAAAAUGUAUUGUCUGAGGUUUUAGGAUAAAAUUAAAAUUGGUGCAUAAAGUCUAAAAACAAAUUCACUAUCCGUCCAAAAGUAGAUUAAUUAAUUUAUGAAUAUAAUGUUAACUCUAAAAAAUAAGUGGGUAAUCUGUUGUGGGUUUUAUAUGCUUAAAAAAAUUACAGAAAUUUUAAUUACUACAUUUUUGUACUUUCUACUUCUAGAGUUCAAAUUUUAAAGCACCAUAUAUGUAUCGGCAAUAAAAAAUGCUGUGAAUAAACAAUGUGAUUGAUGGUAUUUAUGGGUUGAAAAUUAAAUUGUGAACAUGAUGUGUACAAGCCGUUAUGUACAUAAAUGAAUGCUUACUUUAAGUAAAGUCUUCCUGAACAGUUGUAGUCAUCA